CGCGGCCCCGCUGAGCCUCGGUGCGGCGGCGAGCGCGCCUCGGUCACCAUGCCUACCCGAGUGUGUUGCUGCUGUUCUGCUCUGCGUCCUCGCUACAAGCGCCUGGUGGACAACAUAUUCCCUGAAGACCCAAAAGUAAUUUGAUCUACCUCCACUGACCCUUCUCUUUGCUGACCCAUUCUACCCCUGCUCACCUCCCUAAGGAUGGUCUCGUUAAAGCUGAUAUGGAGAAGCUGACAUUUUAUGCAGUAUCUGCUCCAGAGAAGUUGGAUCGAAUAGGUGCCUACCUGGCAGAAAGGUUGACCAGGGAUGUCGUCAGACAUCGUUCUGGGUACGUUCUAAUUGCCAUGGAGGCAUUGGACCAGCUUCUCAUGGCCUGCCAUUCUCAGAGCAUCAAGCCGUUUGUGGAGAGCUUCCUUCACAUGGUGGCAAAGCUCCUAGAAUCAGGGGAACCAAAGCUUCAAGUUCUUGGAACAAAUUCUUUUGUCAAAUUUGCCAACAUUGAAGAAGAUACACCGUCCUAUCACAGACGUUAUGACUUUUUUGUAUCUCGAUUCAGUGCCAUGUGUCAUUCCUGUCAUAGUGAUCCAGAAAUACGAACUGAAAUCCGAAUUGCUGGAAUAAGAGGUAUUCAAGGUGUGGUUCGCAAAACUGUUAAUGAUGAACUCCAGGCUACCAUCUGGGAACCACAGCAUAUGGAUAAGAUUGUUCCUUCCCUUUUGUUUAAUAUGCAGAAGAUAGAAGAAGUUGACAGUCGCCUGGGCCCGCCUUCUUCUCCUGCAGUGGACAAAGAAGAGAACCCAGCUGUGCUUGCUGAGAACUGUUUCAGAGAACUGCUGGGCAGAGCGACUUUUGGGAAUAUGAAUAAUGCUGUUAGGCCUGUUUUUGCGCAUUUAGAUCAUCACAAACUGUGGGAUCCUAAUGAAUUUGCAGUUCACUGCUUUAAAAUUAUAAUGUAUUCUAUUCAGGCUCAAUAUUCUCACCAUGUGAUCCAGGAGAUCUUAGGACACCUGGAUGCUCGGAAGAAGGACUCUCCGCGUGUUCGUGCAGGAAUUAUUCAAGUUUUGUUAGAGGCUGUUGCCAUUGCUGCUAAAGGUUCCAUAGGGCCCACGGUGCUGGAAGUGUUCAACACGCUGCUGAAGCACUUACGCCUCAGUGUUGAGUUUGAAGCCAAUGGUGUGCAGCGGGCCUCCGAGGGCAGCACCAGCCUGACUUCCAAAGACAGCGAUGAGAAGGUCGUGCAGAAUGCCAUCAUCCAGACAAUCGGAUUCUUUGGAAGUAACCUCCCAGAUUAUCAGAGAUCAGAAAUCAUGAUGUUCAUUAUGGGGAAAGUGCCAGUUUUUGGGACGUCUACUCAUACUUUGGAUAUCAGCCAACUAGGGGAUUUGGGAACCAGGCGGAUUCAGAUAAUGUUGCUAAGAUCUUUGCUUAUGGUAACUUCUGGCUACAAAGCCAAGACAAUUGUCACUGCAUUGCCAGGGUCAUUUCUUGACCCUUUACUAUCGCCAUCUCUCAUGGAGGAUUAUGAGCUGAGACAGUUAGUUUUGGAAGUGAUGCAUAACCUCAUGGAUCGCCAUGACAAUAGAGCAAAGCUGCGUGGCAUCAGGAUAAUACCAGAUGUGGCUGACCUGAAGAUAAAAAGAGAAAAAAUCUGUAGACAAGAUACAAGCUUCAUGAAAAAAAAUGGGCAACAGCUAUACCGACACAUAUAUUUGGGCUGUAAAGAGGAAGACAAUGUUCAGAAAAACUAUGAGCUACUUUAUACUUCCCUUGCUCUUAUAACUAUUGAGCUAGCCAAUGAAGAGGUGGUCACUGACCUCAUUCGACUGGCCAUUGCUUUGCAGGACAGUGCCAUUGUCAAUGAGGACAACUUGCCAAUGUUCCAUCGUUGCGGGAUCAUGGCCCUGGUCGCAGCCUAUCUGAACUUUGUGAGUCAGAUGAUAGCUGUACCUGCAUUUUGCCAGCAUGUUAGCAAGGUUAUUGAAAUUCGUACUGUGGAAGCCCCUUAUUUUCUACCAGAGCAUAUAUUCAGAGAUAAGUGCAUGCUUCCAAAAUCCUUGGAGAAGCAUGACAAAAAUGUGUACUUUCUGACCAACAAGAUUGCAGAGUCACUUGGUGGAAGUGGGUACAGUGUGGAGAGGUUGUCAGUUCCAUAUGUGCCCCAGGUAACAGAUGAAGAUCGUCUUUCUAGAAGAAAAAGCAUCGUGGACACUGUAUCUAUUCAGGUGGAUAUUUUACCCAACAGCUCACCUUCUGAUGAUGUGGUUAGUAACACUGAAGAAAUCACCUUUGAAGCUCUGAAGAAAGCAAUUGACACCAAUGGGAUGGAAGAACAGGAGAAGGAAAAGAGGCGUCUUGUGAUAGAGAAGUUCCAGAAGGCACCUUUUGAAGAAAUUGCAGCACAGUGUGAAUCCAAAGCAAAUUUGCUUCAUGAUAGACUUGCUCAAAUCCUGGAGCUCACCAUACGUCCUCCUCCCAGUCCAUCUGGAACUCUGACCAUUACUUCUGGGCAUGCCCAGUACCAAUCUGUCCCAGUCUAUGAGAUGAAGUUUCCAGACCUGUGUGUGUACUGAGUUGCUCUUGAAGACGGCAGAAUUUUAAAGAAUUUUAAAGCCUCAACGACAAGGCCCAGAUGAUUCUUCAGGAAUCACAUGAUGCUUACUGACGUGCGUUCUGAAAACGACGAGGGAAUGUGUCUCUACCAAAUGCUCACUGUGCCCUGUAGGGUACUUAGAAGAUAAGUCUGUGUCGUGCUUAUUUGUUUUCAGGUUCAUUCAUUGUUAUUCCACUGUUGAACAGUAUAUUUUAAACUGCUCAAGUUUGACUUUUUAGGAACAAAAAGGAUUGAAAAAUGUAUGAAGUGUCUGCUGGUUUCUUAGUGUCUACACAGGUACUUACAAAUCAAAUUUCUUUUGGUUUUGUUUAUCUGAAGGAAAAAAAACACACAAAAAACUAUGUUCCUAAUCCUGGAGUUGCAAACUGUCACAUGCUUUUUGUCCCCAUGCCUUAGAAAAGUUGCCUAUUGUAGUAACAUGUAGUAGGCAUUCCUCAAUUUGUUGACCACAAGAGAAUAUUCACUGACCCUAAAAAUCGCCAUACCUUACUGGUUCUUGUAAUACUGUGUUUUCUGCUGAGAGUUUGCACACUUGAGAGGCUUAGAGCUUACUCUCUGAGUACUGAACUGUGCAAUAUUUUUUUACAUCAUAAGAUGUAUUAGUUUAUAGCUUUGCUUUGAAACUAUAGUAGUAUUUUCUGUGGUCCAUUAAGUAAUAUAUGUAUAUAUACAUAUAUAUUUACUACAGAAAAGAGAGGCAUUAAAAUAGCUACCAGUUCACCUGUGAAGAGUCUAUAUUGCAAUUUCUUUUAAAUAAAUUAAUUUACAUUUCAUAUUAUACAUUGUUUCAAAUCUUUAUAGUCUGUAAAAUUCCCCAGUGUACUGCAUUUUUAAUUUGUAAGAUUUGAACCAAAACUUGUAUGCAUGUAUGUUUAAGAAUAGUUACAUGACAGUCAAACAGUGCAUAUGUCUUUGCUGAGGCCCCCUGUGUAGUCUGCUUUGAUUCCAUCUUCUGAUGCCGCAGGGCCAGUAUGUAUUCAUGCAUUUUAGUGAAUUCCAUCCCAUGGUGAAAAUGAAUAUUCUUUUCAAUUCUUAGAAGUUUCUCUUAAGACAUUUUUAUGAAAUUGCCUGCUUAUAGUUCUGCCUUUGCAGAUUUUAUUUUCUUUUAACAUAAAAAGUAAGUAUACCAAAGUUGUAAUUCAAAAAAAAAAAAACAGUUUGGUUUUGGCUUUUGUUUUUUUUUUGAAAAAUUUCAGUGAAGAGUGACUGUUGUUAACUUUGUGCUUGGCUUGUUGGGCACCAUAAGCAGAAACAGAAAAAAGAAAAGGGUGGGUAAUAGGGCGUCCAUGCUGGAAGUGCUUGAGUGUUUAAACCAAAGCCUGCCGUCUUCAGAAAUGUAAAAUGACCCUGAAGAGUGUUGGUUCGGAGGGUAGUGUGGCAUCCCUAGCAGGUGAAAUAGCCCUAUUGCAGCUGUCACUGCAGCUUCCCUCUCUCCACAUUUCAUAUUCCCCCCCCCCCCAGCUUUCUUCUUCUGUGCUGCGGAAGGAUUUUAACUUCUGACUGUGUUUAAAGUCUUAGCAGGGGGACAUGCAAAAGCAAUCAUCAUCCACUCGGAUGUCAUUUUAUAAAUGAACACUGUGUGCUUUCGUAUGGAAAAAUCUAUCACUUAGUUGUGUAAGAAAGAUGUAGACUCGUUUGCUUUCAUGCAAAACACACUCUGCUUUACACAAUUCAUGUUUCAGUGAUUUAAAAAAGCAUGUAUUGCAUGUAAAGGAAAACCCUUACCACUGAUGUUUACCAUACUUUUCUCUUUGUCUUUGUAAACUGUUGAUUUGAGUUUUGUUGCCGUUGUUUUUAAGUCACAGUGGACUUCUAGGUAUCCUGAGUCGAGCAGGUGCAACGGGCCUGUUCACAAGGGUUCCCCAGAACUAGACUGCUUCUCACACUGGCCCUUCAAUGACUGCCAUGGGCUCGGCUUGGACUAGGUAUGCAGGCUGGGUUGUAGCCAGUUUAGAUGCUGAAACUUGAGGAUUUGUUGAAGUUCAUUGUAUUAGUUUAUUUUGUAAGUGUAUUAAACUCAAAAUAAAUUGUUAAUUUUUCUGCUGUGUA